UUUCAUCGCAUUUUAUUUCUGUCUCUUGUGUAAAGCGCAACGUCGAGCGGACACGACACAGCCCCACCAGUGCCGAGCCGGUCAGAGCAGUGUGCCAGCAAAAACAACCAGCAAGCAAGCCCCAAACGAAAACGAGUUUCCAAUAAGGUAGCCAUAUUCAAUAUCGUAUCGAAUAAGCAUCACUAGGAGGUAUCCAAGUAGCACCGUUGGAUCGACGUCGUGGCCUAUAUCCAAAAUAGAUCAGCAGCAGCUGCAGCAAGCUGCAACGAACUGCAGACAGACUGAAGAGAGCAGAGCAGAGCGGAGCAGAGAAGCAUCUAUGAAUGUACCCAGUGCCGCCAUGUGAGAACUUAGUCCAAAGUCUAAGAGAAAAACUAGUUUUCCCAUUUGCGCGCUUAUGCUAAAUAAUAAUAAUAAAUAAGCGGAGUUUGUUGUUGACGGAGUCGAGUUCGCUGUACGCCAGAGACGAAAGACAAGAGACGAGAGACGCGAAACGAAAGAGUGACCCACAAAUACUGGUUUUCUUCAGCGGCCUGCGUGAGAACGUGCAGCAAUGGCCUCAACGGCAGGAACAACAACGGUCGUGGUUAAGCGGCCUGGACCGCCAGUACCACCAAGACCUAAAACUACAGUGACAGCUCCAGCUCCAGCCUUAGCAAAUACUCCUCCAAUCAUACAAAAGAAGCCCACAUUCGUAAGCCAACUUAGUAGUGCUGUGGGACGUACCCUGGUUUAUAAAUCGCCAGCGUUGAGUGUUCAGAAGAAACAGGCUCAAACGCAAACACCAACAUCGGCCGUGGGGAAACUCUCGGCAACAGCAGCGCCACCGCCGGCUACCAAGCCACUGAAACUGCGCAAAGCUCCCGAUGUACCCACAGCCAAGCCCAGGGACAGGGACUCUAUUGGUAGCAGUCCAGCAGUAGUCGUGACUGUUAAUCGUCACAAAUCGAUGAGUGUGGGCACCUCUAGUGCACACACCACUCCCCUCAAGGAGACUCGCCUAAGUCUUGGCAAGGUGGAUUUCGAAAGGUCUGGCCUCGGGCUACAGGCCACGUCCCAGCCGCUGCCAAAGCCGCGCAAGAUCGUUAAAUUGCCCGUAGCCACGCUGGAUGUGGAGGAUGUUCCAGCGUUCGUACUACCACCUGCGUCUACGCCAGCCCCCAGCAUCUUUCGACGAUCGAAAACCACGUUGGAUACCUUUCAGACAGCCACAGCAUCCUCCAGCAGUGGCAUGUCCUCCAACAGUGGGGGAUUCCUCGGUGGCCGGACCGUGGAGAUCAAGAACAAUUUGAAGAACGCCGCGGAGCGUCUCUUCUCAGAGAUAAUCAUUAACCAGAGUCAAAAGCAAUCCGUAGCCGAUACCACGAUCAUAACCAAACACGAGCGUGCUAUACAACAUCAAGCGGUGCUUCAGCAGAACCAGACCAUCCAGACACCCCAGACACCCCAGACACCCCAGACACCCCAGACAAACUGCAUGCGCAUCAAUGUCAAUGGGAGCUACGACAAGAUCCUGGCCAAUAGUCGCACGAACACUGUCAAGAGUUCGAUUAGCGUGGGCAAUACUCCCGAGAAGAAGCAAGCCUUCCAUGAGCUGCUCAUUUCCGAGUUGGCUGCAAUGCGCAAUAAGUCAUGCUCCCUGGAACAGCUGCCCACUAAAUCCCUGUCACUGGCGACUGUAGGCUCCCCCACAACCACAUUAACGCCCAGGAAAGAGAUAUCACGUCAUCGCUACAACUCAAUUGAUGAUGCCGAUGAUGCAGAGGACGUGGAUGCAGACAAUGUAGAGGAUGCAGACAGCGACGGGGACGAGGAACACACACUUACCACCUAUUCGGCCAACAAAUUGGGCAAGGAAAACACUGAGAUGGAGACUGAGGGCUCAUCUUCAGGAAGAAAGCGUUGCCCCUCGGGCUGCUCCUCAGAUUCGUCGCCGUAUGGGACGGAACGGUUGCAACGUAUCCGUACUUCAGACUGGAUUGAGGUGGGCGACAAUGGCACACAGGUCACGCUAACCAGUUGCCACAUUAGCCUCGAGGACUCUGGCAUGGAAGAUGAGGAACGGCUCGAUGAUAUGUCCUCAUCGGGAGUUGGCGAUAGCUGGGAUAGCGUCAAGGAAGCAGAGAGCGAAAAGCGUUCUCGCAGCGUAAAACGUGGAAUUUCCAUUAGUGCGCUGCCGCCCCUGCCAAAAUCCCUGAUUGGGUUUAACAAACUUCUCGGCUCCGAUUCGGGCCUGCUUCUCAGCGAUGGCGAUGUGGAGGCAGUGGCGCAGCCGGCGGCAGCACCGCAGCGGCUCAACAAUAACAACAUCAGCAGCAGCAGCGAGACGAACCAAAAACAUACGAAUAUAGAUAUCAAUUUAAGCAGUCAACAUAAGAGGGAAACAAAUGAUAAUAACGACAAUGAAAUUGAUAAAUCGACGCCGAAGGCAGCACCACCAGCAGCAGCAGCAACACUUGAAAUCAUAACUUCAUCAAAUUUAUGUGAAAACGGAAACAAAACCAUCACGACAUCAGCAUCACCUCCAGCAGCAAAAACAAGAGCCCCGAAUGUUUCACCUGCGAAGGAAAGUCCCAAUCUCAAUGCCAGCACUCUGGAUGACCAGAUAGCGACGCUGCGAAAGGAAAUGAACGGACUGCGUCAAUUGGAUCUCUCAUUGUUGUCUCAACUGUGGGUGCUGAACGAAUCUAUACAAGAGUUUCGAGCUAUGAUCGAGGAGCAAGAGAACGAAGAUGAAGACGAGGAGGAGGCUGACGAUUUGGGCGUUCAGAAUCAGGGCCAUUCGCCAACCCCUUCAUCCUACGAAUCAGUUAGCUCCGAAGGCGGCGCAGAUGUGGCUUCAGACGCUGUGCUGCAGACAAAGGCAAAGUGCCUUGGCACCAUACCAAAGGUCAUAACCACACAGCCGAAAAUUAUUAGGGAGCUGAUCUCACAGCAGCAGGAGCAGCAAGAUGCGAAGCAAAAGCCAGUGCCUAGAAUGCGGAGCGCACCACCUCCGCCACCGCCCACAGCCCUGGCCACAUCCAUGUCCAGCAUCGUGGCCACCAAGCCGACUGCCCCACCACGACCCACAUGAUGUUACUUUACAGACUUCCUCGCCGGAGUCAGGAUGGUCAUGUGUAAGGCGAUUGUGAGCAACGGGCCGCAGUCGUCGUCCUUGUGUAGCGCUGGAUCAUCCCUUGGACUGGGUGUGGCAAGUUUGUCGGACCAGAAACAUUGAAAAUGUAGGUGGCUGCUUCGUGCGUAGAUUGUAUACCCUGUAGUUUAUGUGUUUGAUCGAUUGAUGAGAUAUCUGAUCUUAAUGUUCGUUGCACGGAGAGUCGUUCAUAAUAGGUUCUUAAACAAACUACUUCUAAUUGCAAGUAUUUCUUGAAAUAUCGUUGAAAGUAUUUUCAGAGCGAAUAAAAACUCUGAAGUGAUUUCAAGGCAAUACUAUAAUAAGGCAUAAAUAACAUACAUAUUUACUUACCUCAAUACGAGUAUAAUCAAUAUAAUUCAACCAGCCCAACCUAAUCUAAUCGGUAGAAUCUUUAAGGCCAAACUAUAGGCUCUCGUACGGUAAGGAGGCCUUUGUGAUCUUCAGUUGUAAGUCUAUUGUAAAUUGUUUCUUACGUGUGUAAGCCUCCGGGUUCAGGCAUAACGGGUUCAACAUUAAAUUCGAUUGUAAUUGUAGCCCUUAGGACAAGCUUAGCUGUCAACAGAAUCAUCUCUUUAAUUUUAUUUGUGUUGCGGUUAAUUUCCAUUGUGCAUUUGACCAAUAACAUUUGUAUAUAUGCAAGAAUGUAAUACAUCCAUAUAAAGAAACAACAAAUAAACCAUCAAAGCAAAAACUGUCCCCUUCAUUUUUGGGA